AUGCCUAAUCUAGGUUAUGAGGGUGCAGCACAACAUAAGAGCCAGUCGUUACCUCCAGGUGCUAAAAGAGUAACAAACAGGGCCACUUUAUGGUAUGUGCCGCUGUCUCUAACAAAUGUGGACAAAGUAACUAAGGUUCCUCCAAUUCAGUAUGAAAGAAAAGAACUAGAAGAGGAAGGAAGGAAACGUUAUGAAGAUCAAAAACUAGAACGUAUGGAAACCAAAGAAAGGAAUGGUGAAUUUAUUGUACCUGUUGCUAACCAAGACAGACAAAAGAAAGAAGAUCAUACUGUUGGAUACAGCCAGUCCAGCCUGAUUCAUUUGGUGGGACCUUCGGAUUGCACGCUGCAUGGUUAUGUUCAUGGAGGUGUUACUAUGAAAAUUAUGGAUGAAGUGGCCGGAAUUGUUGCUGCUCGUCAUUCUAAAACCAAAAUAGUUACAGCUUCUGUGGAUGCCAUCAAUUUCCAUCGGAAGAUUAAGAAAGGUUGCAUUAUUACCAUAUCUGGCCGUAUGACCUUCACUAGCAAUAAAUCUAUGGAGAUUGAGGUGUUUGUGGAUGCUGAUACCCUAGUUGGUGACACAAAGGAGAGAUAUCGAGCUGUCAGCGCAUCAUUUACUUAUGUAUCCUUAAGCAAAGAAGGCAAACCUCUGCCGGUGCCUCAGUUAGUGAUUGAAAGUGAAGAAGAUAGAAAGAGAUUUGAAGAAGGAAAGGGACGUUACCUACAAACAAAAGUCAAACGACAGGCACAUUUGCAGCCUUUGACCCAACAAUGACCAUCCAACUGAAGCAAUCUGCAGGAGUCCGCUAGGAAUGUGAAUCCUAAGACUACCCAAGCUGUCCAAAUUGUCUCUAUGAAAUGAAAAUAAAAAUAGUGUCAUGUGAUGUGAAAUGCAAUUUAAAGACCAGAUUCUAAAGUAUGUAUUACAUUUAUAUUGAGUAGGACAAAUAUUGAAAAUAUAUUAUUAUUGAUUAGAUAAAGUUU